AUGCUAUGGCCUGACUCCAAGAAGAGGCAACAACGGUAUCAAACAAUUCCAUCAAGCAGCAGCCACCAGCAGCAGAAGGACUGGGUUGUGGGCAUGUGGGGCAACCGCAGUCCAGGGAGAGGCCCCAUCGGGGUGGGAAGAAAAAGAAAGAGAAAGAGCAAUGAUGGCAAUUUCUCUUCCCUCCCACUAAAUACUCCAUUUUCCCCUACAUUCCUCCCAAUCACCUUACCCUCAUCCCUGUGCCCACAGGUGGCCCAGGAAGAUGUGCCUGCUGCAGAGAUUGUCUACAAGGUGACUGACCCCCCAAGAGCUGGCUAUCUAGUGACUGUCUCUCAAGGAGCUUCAGCUAAUGAGCCACCCAGCCUGGACCCUGUCCACAGCUUCACUCAGGAGGAUGUGAAUGAAGGCCGGGUCCUAUAUCUGCACUCCCAGGCAGAGGGCUGGACUGACCGCUUCACUCUGGAUGUAGCUUCCAGUGUUGGAGCCACCCUACAAGGAGUGCAGGUCGAGCUGCAGGUGCUGCCCGUCACCAUCCCCCUGGAGACCCAGAACUUCAGUGUGCCCGAGGGAGGUGCCCAUCCUCUGGCCCCUCCGGUACUUAGGGUCACUGGACCCUACUUCCCCACACUGUCUGGUCUAGAGCUCCUGGUCCUGGAGCCACCCCAGCAUGGGAGCAUCAGGAGAGGAGAGACACCCCAGGAUGGAAACCUCAGCACCUUCACAUGGAGAGAGGUGGAACAGCAGCUGAUCCAUUACGUACAUGAUGGCAGCGAGACUCUGGCAGACACUUUCAUCCUUGUGGCCAAUGCCUCUGAGAUUGACCGACAAAGCCAGCCCGUGACCUUUGGCAUCACUGUUCUGCCCCUCAAUGACCAAGUCCCAACCCUCACGGUCAACACUGGUGUACAGAUGUGGGAAGGAGCCACAGCCCAGAUCACCCCCGAUAUCCUGAAAGGAGAAGAUGCUGACUCCCCACCCGAAGAUCUGGUCUUCUCUAUCCAGCCACCAACCAAUGGGAGGAUGGUGCUGAGGCUGUCACCAAGGACGGAGAUCCAGCAGUUCACUCAGGCCCAGAUCAAUAAUGGACUCGUUCAGUUUGUCCAUGAAGGGCCCCUGGAUGGCGGAUUCCAUUUCAACCUCUCCGAUGGAGAUAACGUCUCCCCAGGACACUUCUUUGCUGUGAAGGCUCAAAAGUUGCGACAAAUCACUGUGGAAAGCAAUCAAGCCCUGACCAUCUGUCCAGGAACCUUCCAGACCAUCACCAAUCGAAACCUGAAAAUAACUACCAACGAAGAUACAGACCCCCAUCACCUGUUUUACUUAGUCGAGCGGGGCCCUUGGCUAGGACGCCUGACCCAUUCUCGGCUGGGGAGCAGUGGGGAUGCCCUGAGGAACUUCACACAGGCAGAGGUGGAUGCUGGGGAGAUACUUUAUGAACAUGAGAUGCCCUCAGAACCCUUCUGGCUGGCCCAGGACACUCUAGGCCUGAGGGUGUCCUCACCUCCUGCCCGAGAUGUCGCCAUCAGCCUUUCCAUCGCUGUGUCCUUUGAGACCUGUUCCCAGCGAACCAGCCGCCUCUGGAAGAAUGAAGGUCUCUGGGUCCCAGAGGGUCAAAGGGCAGAGAUCACCCGGGCAUCCCUAGACGCCUCCAAUCUCCUGGCCAGCAUCCCAGCCUCAGACCGGCCCUCCCACAAUGUAGUCUUCUUAGUGACCGAGUUGCCAGCCCACGGGGAACUGUGGGUGGGCAGCAAUCACCUGGAUGCUACCCAGCCUUACUUUCUUCAGUCUGACCUGGCCAGGGGGCGGUUAGCCUACAUCCACAGGGGCUCGGGGACCCAGAAAGAUGGUUUCCAUUUCCAAGCUUCGAUCCAGGCCGGGCAACAAGACUCUGCUCAGACGCCCCCAGCAGAGCAUGGGCCUGUGAUCUCUGAGGCCUUCCAAAUCACCGUGCGGGAUGUCAAUGAGAAGCCACCCCAGCCCCAGGCCUCCAGACCCCUGCAGAUCAUUCGAGGGGCGCGCGCCCCACUCUCCCGGGCUCAGCUAAGUGCUAUGGAUCCAGACUCUUCCCCCGAAGAGAUCGAGUACCAAGUGAAGAGGGCACCCCACAAUGGCUACCUCCUGCUGAUGGGCAGUCAGCCUUCCCCCGUGACUCGGUUUACCCAGGCAGAUGUGGACGCUGGGAGGCUGAGCUUCACAGCCAAUGGCAGCAGCACCCUGGGCAUUUUCCAGCUGAGCAUCUCUGAUGGGGCCAGCCCCCCUGUGGACACCUCCUUGUCUGUGGAUGUCCUGCCAUCGUCCAUUGAAGUGCGCACCCGAACACCCCUGGAGAUACCCCAGGGCUUAAACUGGGCUCCGCUGACCCAGCAGCACCUUUUCGUGAUAUCUGACCAAGAGGAGCCAGACGCCACAUAUUCCAUCACCCACAUGCCCCAACACGGCUAUCUGCUGGUCAACAGGGAACCCAAGACGAGCUUUAACCAGAAGCAAGUGGAGCAAGGCGAGGUGGCCUUCUCCUUCACCAAUUUCACCUCGGCCUCUGACCAGUUCCAGCUGCUCUCGCUCGCCCGCGGCGCCAACGCCUCGGCCACGGUGAACGUGACGGUCCGGGCCCUGGUGCGGGCACAGGCUGGGGAGCCGUGGCCCCAGGGCACCACGCUGCGCCUGGAUGCCAGCAUCCUGGAUGCGGGGGAGCUGGCCAACCACACCCAGAGCGUGCCCCGCUUCCGGAUCCUGCGGGGGCCGCAGAGAGGCCGAAUCGUGCGGGUCCCAAAGGACAGGGACGGGGCGCCUCAGGCCCAGCUGGUGGAGCUGUUCACCCAGGAGGACCUCCAGGAAGGGCUGAUCGGGCUGGAGCUGAGCCAGCCAGAGGGCAGGGAGCCCCCCCUGCUGCACGACAGCAUCACCUUCGAGCUGUCGGCCAGGGGGGUGCCUCCAGCCGUGGCUUCCCUCCAUUACACAUCGGAGCCCUACAAUGCGUCCAGGCCCUAUGGCGUGACUUUCCUCGUCGCCCCUGGCUCCCCUGAAACCAGCGGGGACUCCCACGGAAAGGACAGCUCUUCCCGGACAGUGACGGGGCCCAGGGGGCCCGAGAGAGCCACCCCCAACAUCAGGGACGCAGGAGCGGCCCCCACGACCGCGCCGGAGCAGGUGACGCCGACCAGUGCUGCGCCCGCAGAAGGGGGCACCUUCCUGGGCUUCAUCGAGGCCAACAUGUUUAGCAUUAUUAUUCCCAUUUGCCUGAUCCUGCUCCUGCUGGCCCUCAUCCUGCCCCUGCUCUUCUACCUCCGCAAGCGCAACAAGACGGGCAAGCACAACGUCCAGGGUCUGUCGGCCAAGCCUCGCAAUGGCAUGGCCGGCGACGCCGAGACCUUCCGCAAGACCGACCCCGGUCAGACCAUCCCGCUGACCUCCGUGCCUGGCAAAGGGCCUGAGGCCAGGGGCCAGCAGGACCCAGAGCUGCUACAGUUCUGCCGGACACCCAACCCUGCCCUAAAGAACGGCCAGUACUGGGUCUGAGUCCCCGUCCCCAGGAACAACUCUGACAGACAAUUCUCCUCCCUGCUUGGGUCCGAGGGUCCCACUUCUACCUCCCACUGCCAUUUUCCUUACUUCCUUUUAUCCAUCCUAGUUCUUCUCAGGGGGUUUCUUGGGCCGAACGAGGGGGCCAGCCCCACAUCACCAUCACGUCUGAUGAGAAAGAGAAACCCGGUAAAUUGUGGGGGAGAGAUGGGAGGCCCAGGGGAUGGAGCAAAGACCCCCGAAGGGCCAGGGACAAGGAUCAAGGAUCUUCCCCUUCCCCACGUCACCAUACCUGGAAGACUCCGAAGGUUUAGUAAUGAGAAGGUCAGGCAGGGAUGGAAAAUGGAACUAAGGAAAUGAAGCUGGCUCCUUUGUGGGGACCCCAAUUUGGACAGUUAGGAAGCAGGAUGGUCUUAUGGGGAGAGUCGUGGGCAGAGGGACUCUUUAGGUCCAUCAAGUUCUAUCUCCAGGUCCUGGCAUGACCUUGGGUAAGUCAUGACCCCUGUCAAGAGAAAAGGCUCUCUCCUACCCCAGUGGAGAUUGGAUAGAAGAGGUUCCACUUUAGGAGACCUCGUGGCAAGACUCUCCCCCCAACAUCCAUCCCUUUACUCUGAAAUGGGGGAAAACACCUUCCCAAUGGGGCCCACUUUGGGGUUUCUAGGAAGGAGCUUCCCUGCAGGGUCCAAGAAGGGUGGCAGCCAGGAGCCAAGGUCUUCCCCCUCAUAGUGGGGCUAGUGGGGACAGGAGAGAGAGGAGCGAUGACACCCAGGCGGCGAGAUACUAUAUUCAGGGUUUCUGGGAGGGAGGGAAGUUCCCUGGGGGAGGGCAUCCACAUUUAUUUAAGGGAUAUCGCACAAAAAUCUAUUUAACACAUUGCUAAAGCGGAUCGGGCUGGGAGCUUCCAAACAGCCUGGAGAAGCCAGCCUUCUGGGCCAGGGGAGGCGCCAGGAUCCCGGCUCUGGGCUCCAGAACGUGCCGGGAGGCAUUUGUUCGGUUCAUCGGCCCUCUGAGGUUACAGAACAGCUGAGCCAGAUAAAGGACCAGGAGCCCCCUCUGUCACCGGGGUCCUGAGAAGAUGCCACCUGAGAAGAAAGACCUCCUUCUGCAGGGGACCAAAGGCCGAGCCCGUGGAGAGACCCAGGAAGUCCAAGCCACUGGCCAGCCUUGGUGGAGCUCCUGGCGCUUCCUUGGGGCUCCCACCUGUGGGAGAAAGGAGCCGGCUUCCUUGGGACUGUGGGGAUUCUCCAGGGCCUCUAUAAAUGGUGCUUUGGUUGAUUCUCAACAUCUUAGUGUCCCAGAUGCCUUUAUUUGUGUGAUGGGAAAUGGGCAGGGGGUGGGGGGCCAGGCUGACGCCUUGACGGAGGGCGAUUGGGUGCAGCCCAGAGGCGCAGAAUCAGAGGACCUGGAGCCGGAGAGGAUUUGAGAGGCCUUCGAGGCCAACUUCUUCACUUGAUAGAUGAGGAAACCAACCUCCAGAGGAGAGAGAGAGUCACCCAGUGACACCGGUGGCAGAGUGGGAUUGGA